AUGAAUGUUAAUUCACUUCGUUCACUUGAAUGCAGUGUAUGCUUACAACCAUUUAUUAAUCCAGUUAAAUUACCUUGUGGACAUUCCUUUUGUUUUCUGUGUGUCAAAGGUGUAGCUAAUGUUAGCCAUAACUGUGCUCUUUGCCGAAAACCAUUUCCACGUGAAUUAAUCGAUAAACCUAAUGUAUUAGCAUUAGAACUACGUGAUGAUGAAUCACUCUCAUCAAUAACGUCAACACAUCGUCAUGUAUGGUAUUAUGAAGGUCGUAAUGGUUGGUGGAUGUAUGAUCAACGAACAAAUGAUGAAAUAGAUCAAUCAUUUAGACGUGGUGAUAGACGAUUAGAAAUACUUAUUGUUGGUCAUCUUUAUGUUAUUGAUUUUGAAAAUAUGCAUCAAUAUCGUUUAAAUGAUACACAACGUCGACGAAGAAUAAAAUAUGAUCUAAUGUCUGCACCAAAAAAAGGUGUUGGAGGAUUAAAACUUGAUCGACAAAGAAAUACUCAAUACAAUCCACCAAUUACCGAUGCACCUGUUGUACCAUCUUUAGCUUCAUCCGUUCCAUCGAUAAUUGCAAAUUCUUCUUCAUCGGAUCAAACUGUUGUAAUUAGAUCUCGAUCAAAUGCUGACGGUGAAGAACCAACAUCAUCACCUGUUGUUGCUUCACCUGUACUUCUUCCGCAAGAUGAUACGAAUCGAAUAGCGAUUCGACAACCAGCCGAUGGUUUUGGUAAUUCAAAUACAACAACUUGGCGAACAAAUAAUAAUAACAACAAUAAUAAUGAAGAACAUCAUGUAACAUCAUGGAGUAGUGAUGAGGAUGACGAUGAAGUUCCACCAUCAUCACGACUUCGACCUGUACUUAUUGGUGGUGAAGAUGACACGCAAAAUCAUCAUUCUGAUGAUGAAGAUACAUUAUUAACGAAUCUUUCAUUAAAUGCAAAUAAUUAA